AUGGCACCUGCUACGAGCAAGAGAAAGCCCAAGGCAUCGGCCUCGGCCAUAACCUUGGAAUCCAAUGGCAGCCAAGACGAGCUGAACGAGGAAGGAGACACUAGACGGCCUCGCAAGACAACCAGAACCGCGCAACCUUCGCGAUCCAAGUUGAAUGAGUACGAGGAAGACAAGGGGCGCCAGUCAAGCCGUGACUUCUUAAGCUGGGGCUCGUGGCACCAGAAGCAGGUCAAGAGGGAAACCGACUCCUCGGGAGACUUUCUCGCCAAGUUUCAGGCCGCAGUUGCCGCAUCCCAGGGGGACAUCAGCAAGGACAUUGAAAGCGCCGAGGAAAAGAUCACUAGCAUCGUCGCGCAGCACAGUGAGCGACUCGAGAAAAUUUCAGCCAGCAUCAAGGCUUCCAAGGAUGAUCCUUCUGCCGCUGCUACGGGACCGUCUACACUCUCUUCCCGUGGUGGUAACGACAGAAAGAGAAGGCGUGAGACAAACGCUUUGUAUCACACUGGCAGGAAAAUCAUGACGGCGUGCCGCAGCAUACUGGAGAGGCACGAGGUUGCUAAUCGCCAGACUCAAGAUUUCACCCCAGAGGUGCCGCAUGACGUGUGGAGACAGGACAACGAACAGCUCGUUCAACUGCUCACCUACGGCCGCCAGUUUGGAGAGAGGGUUGUUCAGACGAUUGUUAGUCCCGACCACCGCCUAGACGAGCUGACUGCCGAGAGAAACGAGCUGGGAGAAACAGGCCGUGCCGCGAUAGGACUGUUCAACAAGACCCUAGAGGUGCAGAGGAAGGCGACAGUGGGCCAGACAAUGAGGGAGCAGUUCAACGCCUUUGCUGAUAUAAUCCGGACUGUCGAAAAAGAUUGA